AUGAGUGGCCUCACCGAAUCGCAAGUAGCCUCGUUCCGCGAGAACGGCUACCUGGUCAUCCCUGAUUAUCUCACCCAAGCUGAGAUCGAAGCCCUCUUGGCCGAGACCAACACGCUCCUCAACGACUUCUCGCUGGACUCGCACCCACUCACGCAAUUCACCACCGGCGACGAUGACCAGGCCGACCAUGUGGGUGACGACUACUUCCUGAACUCUGGCGACAAAAUCCGGUUCUUCUUCGAGCCGGACGCGUUUACUUCCGAACCUGACCCGCUCACGGGACGCGCCGCGCUGAUCAAGCCAAAGCAUUUAGCGGUUAACAAGAUCGGACACUCGCUGCACACAUUGUCGCCACCUUUUAAAUCAGUGUCUCUGAAUAAGCAGAACGCGGCUGUUGCGAGAUCGCUGGGCUUCAAAGACCCGCGCGUCCUCCAGAGCAUGGUUAUCUGCAAACAGCCCUCCAUCGGUGGCGCGGUCCCGACACACCGCGAUUCCGAGUUCUUAUAUACGAACCCGCCGUCGGCGGUUGGAUGGUGGUAUGCCCUGCAAGAUGCGGGGCCCGGCAACGGGACUCUGGGCAUGUGGAAGGGGUCCCACAAGGGCCGAAAGGGUGGACACAUCGCCCGCCGGUUUGUAAGGAAGGCCGACAACAAGGGAACGGAGUUCAUUGAGAACGACAGCGCCUCGUUGCCAAAGGGCAUGGAGGAGGAAAAGGCUAGCGAGCCUACCGAUAAAGAUCUAGAGAUCUUGAAUGUCAAGGCUGGGUCUCUGGUUCUGAUUCACGGAAAUGUGCUUCACAAAAGCGAGAAGAAUACGAGCCCGCGGAGUCGGUAUGCAUAUACGUUCCAUGUCAUCGAGGGUGCGGAUGAGUGGGAGUAUGACAAGAGGAAUUGGUUACAGCCUCCUGAGGCUGGAUUUUCGAGGUUAUAUCAGUGA